CGCGGGUCGGGACGCGGAGCCGGCCCCGGAGCGGGGGCGACGUGUCCAGGAUGUGGGAUCCGAGGCUGGUCAGGCUGGCCUUGUCGCAGCAGCUGCGGGCCGUCUACGGCAUCAAGGUCAAGGGUGGCCGCGGGCCGGGCGACCGCAGGCGGCGAGACGCGGCAGCCGCGGGAACGGGGGGUAAAAUAUUUGGAGUUCCUGUUCGUGCCUUGCCUCAUUCUGUUGUACCGGAAUACGGAAAUAUUCCAAGCUUUCUUGUGGAUGUCUGCACUUCUUUGGAAGCCCACAUUCACACCGAAGGAUUGUUCAGGAAAUCAGGAUCUGUUAUUCGUCUAAAGGCACUAAAGAACAAAGUGGAUUGUGGCGAUGCAGGCUGCCUGUCUUCUGCACUUCCGUGUGACCUUGCAGGGCUUCUUAAGCAGUUCCUCAGGGAAUUGCCAGAGCCCAUUCUCCCAGCUGAUCUGCAUGAAGCACUUUUCAGAGCUCAACAGCUACAAACGGAGGAGAAGACUAAAGCUACAUUGUUGCUCUCCUGUCUUAUGACUGACCAUACAGUUGAUAUCCUAAGAUACUUCUUCAACUUUCUCAGGAAUGUUUCUCUUAGAGCCAGUGAGAAUAAGAUGGAUAGCAGCAACCUUGCUGUAAUAUUUGCACCAAAUCUUCUUCAGACAAAUGAGGGACACGAGAAGAUGUCUGCUAACACGGGAAAAAAGCUACGACUACAGGUUGCAGUAGUACAGACGCUUAUUGAUUAUGCGCCUGACAUUGGACGUGUACCAGACUUCAUCUUGGAAAAGAUGCCGGCCAUGUUGGGAAUUGAUGGUCUGUAUGCUACUCCAUCACUGGAAGGCUUUGAAGAAGUUGAAAGUGAAACUCCUGGUGAAUGCAAGAGGAAAAGGAGACAGAGUGUGGGGGAUUUUGUUAAUGGAGCCCUCAAUAAACUUAAAUAUAACAGAACACCUUCUGUUACACCUCAACAGGAUAGAAAUGCUCAGCUGUCUGUAUCACCAGUGAUUUUUACACCCAAUGCUAAGCGUAAAUUGCCAGUAGAUUCUUCUCAUUGCUGUUCAAGUAAGAAAAGGAAGUCUGUCAAGCACAGUUUUAACUUUGAGCUGUUGCCGAGCAAUCUCUUCAGUAGCAGUUCUACACCAGUAUCAGUUCACUUUGAUACUAGCCCAGAGGGGUCGUCUCAGAGUUCCUUCUCCCCUGUAGCCAUGAGUGGCAAUGGUUUGGUCAAUACAGAUGUGCUGAGACGGAGUAAAAGGAUUGCAAACAAAAGACUUUACAGGGUAGAAUCUGGAAAAGCAGGCUGUUUCUCUCCUAAAAUCAACCGUAAGGAAAAAGUUCGAAGAUCUCUUCGUUUGAAAUUUAGCCUGGGGAAAAGUAGCAGAGAUGCAAAUGGGUGUGCUGGUGUUAAUAGAUCCGAGCAUGUUGGUCGGCGACUUGCAAAUCAGCAGAGUGUAGAAACUGGGAUCGAAUCUGUAAAAACAGGUCUACUUUUUAGCCCAGAUAUUGGUGAAAGAUUACCAAAGAAAGGUCCUAAAAAGAUCAGUAAGUCUGAGGAAAACUUACUAACUCCAGAGCAAAUGGAUGGACCAAGUUACCGAAUGUCUUGGACAGAACGCAGUAAUUUGAGCUUUCAAGAAAUGGAUGCAAAUGAAGCGUCUCCAAUAAUGGGAAAUCUUGAGGUGGAGAACUUUUCUUUGGAGCCCAGUAUCACGGUUGACAAGUCACCCGCUCCGUCUCCAUCCUGUGAACUCAGCUCUUCCACUUUGCUGGGCCGGCCUCCCAGCAGCACCCUGGGGGGCUCCCUCAGUGGGGAUGAAAAUAGUGUCACCUCAGAGACGGUGUUGAAAGUUCAAAGAGCAUUCGCCGAGUCCGGAAGUCAUCUUCAUGCACUGAUAAGUGACAGUCAGUCAUCAGUGACUACUGAGGAGGAAGCAAAGGUAACUGAACCAUUGUGCCUAGAAGGUGACCCCGAGGAAAGCCUGCUUGAAGCUGAUGGUGUCCCCGUGAGAGAGUCAGAAGAAAAGCGUGGAAACUGCAGUGGUAAAGACAAAACUUACUCUGCAGAAGGAGAUGUCUUACUCCGCCCAAGUGACACACUUGGAAGAGAAGCAACUGCAGAGUGUCACUCAGCUCAGAUGAGGGUAGAAGAUGAGGUCCAUUCAGAUACACCCAAAGAUGGCUUAAGCCAACUACUCCCCAAUGAUGGACAGAUCCAGGAACAACAGUCCCCGGGGGACAAUGUGACAAUGAAGUCAAAGGACACUGAGGACAAGGGUGAAGAGAAGAAGUACACAGCUCUCAGCCCAGCCGAGGCUAAGCCCUCUUCCUCACAGCAGAGCGCAUCAGGCCGGUCAAAGCUUAGGCCUGUGGGAGUUGCUGAAGAGCAGGUACUGGUAGAAAGCUGUGAUAAGACUGCUUCUGAAUGCUUACAAAUGGCAGAGCCUGGAAAGGUUUCAGAUCACAUACAGUGGUUUAAUAAGCUGUCUUUAAAUGAGCCGAAUAGAACAAAAGUAAAGUCACCUCUGAAGUUUCAGCGCACACCUGUCCGUCAGUCUGUUCGAAGAAUUAAUUCUCUAUUAGAAUACAACAGACAGCCUGUUAGGCAGAAGCUGGUCAUCCCUUUGGACACUGCUUCUCCCCUGGUCAAGUCAGUGAGCUGUGACAGUGCUCUUCCCUGCUACACGGGAAGGGUGCCAGUGGAGUCCUCUAUGUCACGGUCCAGAUCAGGUCCUAAGGGGGACAGGGCUUCAUCGUGUGGACAGUCGGAUGCUGAUGGAAUUUCAAAGUCAAGCGCAGGGCUAUCUUCCAGAUCUUUCUCAAAACUAAGGAGACACCCAGAGUCUGUAAAUGUUUCUCUUCAGUCGGGUAGAGUCUGUAAACAGGAAGCUGUAGUUGAUGGCCAAAUGAAGCUUCCCUUGGAUGACCUGACUAAUCAUGAUAUAUCAAAAUCUGUUGUACACAACAAGGGCUUUUCUCCUGGGAUGAAAACAAGGGUCCUUAGGAAACCAUCAGAAAGAGAAAGGAUCUGGUACAAAGGAUCUCCAAAAAAUCCUAUUGGGAAGGCUCAGCUGUUACCCACAAGUAGACCUGUGGACUUGUGAUCCGUCAUCCGUGUAAACAGAAUGAGUGACUUGCAGGGCAGUACACCUGCGAGUUUGUAGCUCAGGACGAAUUAAGUAGUAAAUUUUCCCAGAAACUUAAUUUUUGCCACAUGAACAGUUUGAAUUUUCAUAUUUGUGCAUAUGACUUUUUUCUUAAUGAUGGCAGUCUUUAAAUUUAUCUGCAGUCUCUUAAAGGAGAGGUUACCCUUUACUGUGUUAAAUAGAUCACUGGCUAGAAUUAUAAAAGUAACAAAACACCUCUGGAACUAUCAUGAUUCUUAUUUUGUACAAAUGAUAGGAAGAAUGGAGCAGCAAUUAAGCCUAUCACUUGAUUUUCUUCCAAGUCAGAGAAGGUUUCUAUAACAAAUGUUCCUACAUAAAGGGAAAGAGGAUUAGCCUCGCCGAUCUUAGGUCUUGAAUUAGUGUUUCUUGAAUAUCAAACUUCUUAGAAAUGGAUUUGAUUGGAUGGUCCCCUCAUGCUUUUUGUUUGGUACAUUCUUCCCUAGUUGUGCCAAGUGUUGAAUCAGGAAUAAGUGACUCUAUGUCAUAU